AUGAGAAGAGCAUCAUAUCAUGGCGAUGGAGGCCCGGACCCCUACAUCCCCCAAGAUCGCCAACAGCCACAGCAUGCUUAUGGUUGCCCACCUCCUUGUGCCGGCGGCCUUGGGGAGCCUAAACCCUUCUUGCCUGAUACAAGGUCUAUGGACUCAGCCACCUUGGAGCAGGUUGUUAACCAACUUGUUGUAAAUAGGCAGAAGCAAAUGCAGAAUGAUGGAGCCAGUGGACAUCUUCCCCCACUUGGACUGCCGAGUUUGCCCUCCAAUGGGAACUCCAUUGCUGCACCCUACAGUGGUCAUUCUGGUGGAACCGAGGCCCAACAUCAAGCCGUGCAGCAUAUCUACUCUCAUUUGAUUAAUUACUUCAAUUCGACACAAGCAGCUGCAGGAAAACUGUCAAUGCCGUUCUCGGCGAGUGGCGGUGCCUAUCCAUUGGUACCACACCUUCCAAACUUCUCGCAGAUUGGCUUACCUCAACAGCCCAGUGCGCCAGUUGUAUCAGUGACUGUUGAGGGUGUUAACUUCAGCUACCAGCUAACAGAAGAUGAUCUACGGAAAGUUUUCUCUCGCUACGGUGAAGUUCGUGAGGUCACCGUUAACCCGGACGGAGGAUCUGCGAUUAUUCGCUUCUCGACUAUGCCCGAGGCGGAACACGCUGUCAGAGACUACACGGCAAGAUGCUCAAUGGGAAUCAGGAAGUACACGUGUCGGUUCGAGAUUGGUAUUGAGAAUGAUAGAGAGUUCCACGUGGCCAGGCGACUGAUUGGACAGAAAGGCGCUAAUAUGAAGAGGAUAGUCAAACUUUCUGACGCCAAGCUCCGUCUACGCGGUAGAGGUUCGGGCUUCCUUGAGGGCACUGCUAAGCAGGAGUCCAAUGAGCCGCUGCAUAUGUGUAUCUCUUGUAAGGAUCCAGAAGGGUACAGAAUCGCGGUGUCGGAGAUGCGUAUGUUGUUGGAGCAUGUGUAUGAUGAAUAUCGUCAUUUCUGUAAGGAGAGGAACAUUCCUUAUCCCGAGGACCUCGAGGUCCUCGUCAAAGAACUCCCUCUGGUCUCGAGCCCUAGAGCCCCUCCUGAUGCAUCGCCGGUUUCGGGAAUAGGGGCGCAUGAGAGGAGACGUUAUGGGCGCCAGCAGAGUGGCUACUCAUCUUAUGAAGGGGGUGGACAUGGUGAGCUAUGGAGUGGUGGUGAGUUCCAUCCUAUAUUUGGGCCAAGCUACGGAGGAGACGCUGAUCAUUUUGAGAUGCCACCUGGCAUGCCAUCUGUUGAGGAGAUUGAGCGUCUUAUCGAGGAGAGGAACAACGCUAGGAGGGUGUGCAACUUCAAGGAGGCUGAUAGAAUUAGAGACCUACUUAGGGCUAAUGGGAUUGGACUCAUGGAUGAACCUGGUGGUCGUGGCAAAGGGUCUGAGGUCACCACUUGGAGGUUCUGGCGUCAAUAG